ACCCUAGUCUCGUUUUCACCAUUCAACAAUCAAAACCCUUUUAUUACUUUCAUUGAGAGGAAAGCAAGCAGUCGUGGGCAUGGGCGACAAUGGGGGUAGUGAUGCCGGUGAUCGGCCAGAGAAUCAAACUGACGCCGUCUCCGGCGCUCCUCCAAGGUCGCCGUGGAAGACUUCGGCCGCCGCGUCUCCGGUGGCCGGCGCUGAUUGGCCGGCGCUAUCCGACGCGCAGCAGCGAUCGAGGUCUAGCGCUUUGAACCCCUCCAACUCGCCUCCUCCGCCGACUGAGGCCGGGAGUGAUGGCCGUGCUGAUCCUCAGACGUCUUCUGCGCCGCCGGUUACUGUUGAGCCUCAGAAGUUUCAUGGUCGUGGUAACUUUAAGUCUCCCCGAAGGCCAUACGCCACACAUCACAAUAAAAAUGGCCCAAAGCAUGGCCCAAAUAAUAUACCUCCAUUUUCUGGUCCCUCACCUUACGGUCCUUACCCUCCGCCGCCAAUGACCCCACACUUUCAUGGUAUGGUUCCAAUUUCACCAACUCCUGUCCCUGGAUCCAAUUAUCAGUUUCCAGCCAGACCUUUUCCAAGGGCUGAUGCUCAAAUGCUGAAGUCCGGUACUGAUCCAGCAAAAGCCUAUGUUCCACCAAUGAAUGGAAAUUUUCAACCUUCAUUGCAUGCAGAUUCGAGUGGCCAUGAUUCUGGUUCUGGUGGAAGAAGGCGUAUUACAAAUGAGCAACAUGGACCAAGGAAUCCAUCCUACAACAGUCAAUGGCCUGCCUCUCACAAUUUCUAUAUGCAACAAAAUGUGGGGCCAAGACCUUUGAUUAGGCCUCCAUUUUUUGGGCCUGCAGGCAUUGUUGACGGGCCAAACUAUCCAGGUCCAUCAGGACCUUUCUUCUAUCCUGCUGCCCCCCCUGGCUCUGUUAGGGUUCCUUAUCCGCCAUCUUUUGUUCCAUAUCCAUUGAGCCCUGGAGUUCCCAUAUCACCCACGCCACUGGAAGCACUGAGGACCAGCAUUGUUAAGCAAAUUGAGUAUUAUUUCAGUGAUGAGAAUCUGGGGAGUGAUGAUGUCUACUUGAUCUCCUUGAUGGACAACCAUGGCUGGGUCCCGGUAUCAAGCAUUGCAAAAUUUAACAGGGUUAAACGAAUGAGUGAAGAUAUCCCAUUUAUUAUCGAUGCAUUGAAAACUUCACAGACCAUUGAAGUGCAGGGUGAGAAGGUGAGGAGACGCAAUGAGUGGUCUAAGUGGAUUCCGAAAUCUGUGAAUGCUAACUCUACAUCCCUAGUUGGAAAUUCUGUGAAUAUUAAUGAUCAGAAUGAGAAUAAAAGAGACGGUCCUGGUGGAACAUCUGGGUUGCUUCCUCCAGCUGAAAGCUCAUUGGGAUCUCUGCCAUUGGCUUCUGAUGCUUUGGGAAGCUCCAUUAAAAGUUCUACAGAACAUUGCAAGGAUGGUGAAGAACAAAGAGUUGCUUCUGGAAAAAGUAAUUUAAGAUUAGAGCAGGGCUCUCAACCCAGCUCUAAAAACAAUACUAGUGUACUUAGCGAUGGAUCAAAUUUCCAAGAAAAUUCUGUAGGAGCUGAUUCUGUGAAGUCGGUCUUAUUAGAAAAUGGCAAAAGCAAUAAAAUGCAGGAUCUUUCGAAACCGAAAUUGAAGAACUUUGGUGAGUCAUCUGAUGAAUUUUCAAGCACAUUUAUGCUUGAUGAAGAGCUGGAAUUGGAGCAGAAAAUAACAGGACGUGACCAUCCGUCUACUGCUGGAAGGAUUGAUGAUGAAGAUGAGGAAAUCAGUAUUAAUGAUCAAGCUGUCGAGAGGCUUGUAAUUGUCACUCAAAAUAGUCAAAGGAGAGCCGGGGAAGAAUCAAAGCUCUUAUCCAGUGAGGAUGCUUCCAAGAUAAAUGAUGGCCUUUACUGUUAUGAGCAGGAACUGAGCUUAAAAAGGUCACAUCGUAGACAUAAUAAGCCAAUUGGUGAAGACAGGGAUGACAGCUCCAGAAAUUCUGCUCACGGUGCUACCACAUCCAACUCACAUAAAAAGCAAAAUAAAAGUAACUUGAAGCAACACCAGCGAUUGUUUUACGGAAAUCUUAAAGGCCAUGUAAGUGGCUGGAACUCCUUGGGAGCGUUAUCUGGAAGUCCACCUAGUGAUGCAGUUGGUUUUUUCUUUGGUUCUACACCCCCAGAUAGUUAUGGGUUAAGCCAUUCAGGAAGUAGUCCUCCGGUUGGUUCAGUACCAAAGUCAUUUCCACCAUUUCAGCAUGCAAGCCAUAAACUUCUGGAGGAAAAUGGUUUCAAACAGCAGUUGUACAACAAGUAUAAAAAACGCUGCCUCAGUGAACGAAAGAAAAUGGGCACUGGUCGCAGUGAGGAGAUGAACACAUUGUACAAGUUUUGGUGUUUAUUCUUAAGGAACAUGUUUGCCCCUUCCAUGUACAACGAGUUCCGUAAGCUGGCUCUAGAAGAUGCUGCUGCUGGUUACAAUUAUGGAACAGAAUGCCUAUUCCGGUUCUAUAGUUAUGGAUUGGAGAAGGAAUUCAAAGGGGAUCUGUAUGAUGACUUUGAGCAGCUGACACUCCAAUUUUAUGAAAAAGGGAACCUGUAUGGCCUGGAGAAGUAUUGUUCGACUUGGCAGGGCAUUUCAUCAUUUCCGGGAGGCACGGGAUGAGAAAGAGGCAGUGAAGAAACACCCUGAAUUGGAUAGGCUGCUGAGAGAGGAAUACCGUGGCAUGGAAGAUUUCAAGCGUACUAGAGCUAACAAGGCAGCCGUGAAAGAAGACAGCCAUUAGCCGGAUAUGGCUCGACUUGGCAGUUGCAGUGAAUUCAAAGCUUUUUGCAACUGACAACGUCGCAAAUUUUGGGGGAUAACUCUAACGUCUAUAGAGGUGUAUUUAUACAUUUUUGUACAUAGAAUGUUGGCGACAUUCUAGUAUCGGAUUUUUAUUUUCUUCCUAUUUUGGUUUUCUAAACUGUAUAGAAAAAAAUUAUAGAAAAAAUAGCUAAUAAAGACAUGACUUUGUACAA